CAUACUCCCAUUUCAAAGGCACAUCUUACUUUAUCUCUUUUGUUGAAGAGGCAGGAGGAGCAGAAGAAGAAGAAGAUGUAUCCUCCAAAGGCAGGGCAGGAACUUCGCCCCACAGUGUGGUCCUCUGGCCUCUUCGGCUGCUUCAAAGAUUUUUCCACCUGUUGCGUCACAUGCUUCUGCCCCUGCAUCACUUUUGGGCAAAUAGCUGAGAUAGUGGAUGAGGGUUCUACAUCAUGCGCUUUUGGCGGAGCGGUCUACGCUGUACUGUGCUAUUUUACGGGGUUCGCGUGCUGCUAUUCGUGCUUCUACCGGAAAAAGAUGCGGGUUCAAUUUAACUUGGAGGAGACCUGCACAGAUUGUGUCGUCCAUUGGUGUUGCGAACUAUGCGCGCUGUGCCAGGAAUACAGAGAGCUCAAAAGCAGAGGAUAUGAUCCUGCUCUGGGUUGGAUUGGGAAUCAGCAAAAGCAAGAGCGCGAGAUGGGGAGCGCCAUGACACCUCCUGUCAAUCCAAACAUGGCAAGAUGAUCCCAGACUCCAUACCAUUUCUGUUUGAUAAUACAGACGUUUCCGUACUUCAAUGGCUGUUUUCAAUAGUUGUUCCUCUAUUUACAUCGUAAGGGUUUUAUUAAUACUAUUACGAAUUUAGGGAAGUGGGACCGUAAUUAAAUCUGAUGCAAAUCUUUUUCUGGGUCUCUAUAUUUGGCAUAAUCUGCCAUAAUCUGGCCUUAUUCCUCUAAUUUGGAGGCCUUGUAUUAAGCAGGAUUCAACUUUAUUCAACUUUAUCAAUACAUCAAGUGUCUAUUAAUUAUUA